AGAACACACGCCCAUUGUUUUGUUUAAGCGCUGAGAGAACCAGGAAGUAAGUUAUUGAAUUCAAGAGAAAUGAAACUUAGACUAUUUCGCCUCUACAAUUGAUUCAGCCUCUGUAAUUGAUAAACACCGCUGUUCUUUGUGUCUAAACCUUUAUAAGCAAAUCAUAUUUGAGUUGCAUUUCUGUCGAGACAGUUCUUUUUACAGAAGCUGAUUAUCUGAUCAUCUUAAACACUGCAAAGAAAUGUCUGAAUCUGCAGCGAGUCAGUGUGUGGAUCAGUUCAGCUGUCCAGUGUGUUUGGAUCCUCUGAAGGAGCCGGUGACGAUUCCCUGUGGACACAGUUACUGUAUGAGCUGUAUUACUGACUGCUGGGGCCAGAAGGAGCAGGGGCCGCCGUACCGCUGUCCCCAAUGCAGAGAGAGCUUCAGUCAGAGACCUCUACUGAAGAAGAACACUCUGAUAGCUGAGAUGAUGGAGACGCUGCAGAAGACGACGUCUCUACAAACGGCUGCUGUGGAGUGUGAUGUUUGCACUACAGAGAAGAACAGAGCUGUAAAGUCCUGUCUGCAGUGCUUGGCCUCCUUCUGUCAAACUCACCUGCAGUCUCACUAUCAAUCUCCUGCGUUUAUGAAGCACAAACUAGUCGAAGCUUCCAGACACAUUCAGGAGAACAUCUGUCUCAGUCAUGGGAAACUACUGGAGAUUUACUGUCAGGAUGAUCGUCAGUGUAUCUGUUGUUUGUGUGUUACUGACAAUCAUAAAGGACAUAAUGUGGUGUCUGUGGAUUCAGCGUGGAUUAGUAAAAAGAAAGAGUUGAAGGAGGUAAAGGUGUCGUGUCAGAAGCUGAUCCAGGAGCGAGAGAGAGGUCAGCGGGAACUCAGUGAAGCUGUGAAGUCUUUUAAAAGUUCAGCACUAGAGAGCAUGGAGGACAUUGAGAAGGUCUUCACUGAGCUCAUCUGCUCUCUGGAGAAGAAACGCUCUGAGAUUAAAGAGCAGAUCAGAGCUCAGGAGAAGACUGAGAUAGAUCGAGCAGAGGAACUUCACAAACAUCUGGAUCAAGAGCUGACAGAACUCAGAAAAACACAAGCAGAGAUUGACAAACUCCUGAUAACUGAUGAUCAGAUCAAUUUUCUGAAGAGCUGUCAGUCUGUGUGUGUUUUACCUUCACUUGAAGACGUUCCCAUCACUCGACACACUCAUCUGUAUUUUAAGGACAUUUCGAUCUCAGAGUUUAAGGAGGUUUUGGAGGAUGCCUGUCAACAGCAAACAGCCAGAAUAUCUCGAGAAGUGUCAAAUGUCCACGUUGCAGAGCCUCCAGAACCUAGAACACCAAAUGAAUUUUUGAAAUACUUCUGUCAGCUGCACCUGGAUCUAAACACUGCAGACAAAAAAGUCAAACUGUCAAAUAGGAACACAAAAGCAUCAUAUUCUGAAAAUGUCCAGCAGUAUCCUGAUCACCCAGAGCGUUUUGAGAUUCCCUACAUCUUGUGUCGAGAGGGUUUGUGCGGUCGCUGUUACUGGGAGGUCGAGUGCAGUGGGAACAAUUGGGCUGUAGCAGUGUGUUACAAAGGAAUUGGACGUAAAGGAAACAAUAAUGACUCUAGACUUGGCUCCAACAACAAAUCCUGGAGAUUUGGCUACUAUGGACAGGAGAUCAUUUUUAUGCAUGAUAAUAAGCAAGUCCCAAUCCCUGCUUUCUGCUCCUCUAGAAUAGGAGUGUAUCUGGAUCACAGAGCAGGAACUCUGUCCUUCUACAGCGUCUCUGACACAAUGACUCUCCUUCACAGAGUCCAGACCACUUUCACCGAACCCUUAUACCCUGCGUUUCGAAUUGAUUCUGGUUCGUCUGUUUUGAUUAUAGAGAAGGGGGGGUAAAAACCAAAUUCACAAAACAUAAAAUCAAUCUUCAAUGUUGGAUGAAAAAGAUGAAAUGGUAAAUAUUUUCAAUUAUAAAUCUAUGGCAAUACCUAUAAUCUUAAUAGUUUCGAUCAGAUCAUAUACUAGCCGAGGAGCUUAUGAGGCCUUUCAUUAUUACAUUUCUACCCACACCACCUCAGUUGUGCUUGACUGGCCCAUUUCUUCUAGCGGUGGCUUAGCGGUGUGUGCAUUUGCAUUUGUGUCGAUGAUAUUAAACUUAAAUGUUUAAAGAAAAUGUUUUUCUCAGUGAAAUUCUCUCUCACGCUUUAGUCAUACUCUUUACAACUUCUAAACAUUACUUCAUUGUAUGAGCCAUCACAUGUGUUAU